UCAGGUCGGAACCUUCAGUAUCAAGCACUGGAGCGAUGCGGACUGUUUUUGCAGACGCACCUUCGCUCAGGAGAGUUUGAACAGUUUAGGAUGGCUCAAGCAGACAGCAGGGCUCUGGCUUUGGGAGUUCUGGCAGGAGCUGCUGGGAUCACCUUGGCGAUUGUCUGCUUCCGUAAAAUAGGAGCGGGCAGUGGCAGAGUCCUACACCUGAGCAGAAGCGCAGGCAGUCUGGAUCUGCAGAUGAGGCAGGCGGAGGUGCUGGAUCAGCUGGGUGCUCUGAUACACUGUGUGUCUGAGCUCAGAGAGGAGGUAAAAGCCUUGAAGGAUGCACUUCCACAGCUGCAGGACAGUGUCAGAGAUCAACUGAGGGGCAGGAGGGGGGACGAUAUCAGUGCUCACAAAGCACGUCCCCUUCAUCAAACUCCCAGUAGGAGAAAAAGAGCAGGAGGAGGAGGUAGAAGUGAAGGACAAAGCUCAGAAGAAGCAGAGAGUGAAGGAGGGUAUAUAACCGCACUGACAGAUUCUGAGGAAGAGGAAAGUGGCGAUGACCAAAAACCACUGCAGGAACCAGUGGAUGAACUCACAGCUCUGCUGCGGAAAGCAGACCGACUGCACAGCUGUAACGGGGCAGAAAAAGCACAAGGCCUGAAUGCUCUGCUGGAGAGGAAAGCAGAGUUCGAUCAGAAGUGCCAGUACCUUUGGCGGUUGUCCAGAGCCUAUGCAGAUGCACAUGAUUUUGCUCUAGACCGUGCAGAGAAGAAGAGCUGUGCUGAGAAUGGAAAAACAGUUGGUGAAAAGGUGAUUUCCAUCAAUCCACUGUGUGCUGAAGGUCAUCAGUGGUAUGCUAUACAUUGUGGGCUCCUGUCAGAGUAUGAGUCUAUUCAGAAUAAAAUAAAAAAUGCUUAUCUUUUUAAGGAUCAUCUGGAUAAGGCAAUAGAGUUGAAACCUGAAGAUCCUCUGUCGUAUUACUUGCUGGGCCGCUGGUGUUAUGCUGUGUCACAAUGUACCUGGAUUGAGAGGAAAAUUGCUGCUACUCUGUUUGGAGAGCCACCCAAUGCAACAGUCCAGGACGCCCUGCACAACUUCCUCAAGGCAGAAGAGAUCAGUCCCCAGUAUUCAAAAUUCAACUAUGUGUUUUUAGCCAAGUGUUACAAAGACUUGGGUCAGAGGAUUCAAGCCCAACAGAUGUGUGACGCGGCCUCUGCAAUGAGCAUUGAGACUUACGAGGAUGAGGAAGCACAGAAGGAAUUGGAGGCUCUUGUCGCAUCACUUUAAAUCUCCAACAAAAGGCAACAAAAGCUGUCUGUCUUUGUGUUCCGUCUCUUUGAACUGGACUGUAGCUGUACACAUGAACUAGUAAUGUUGGCCAGGAUUUACUGCACCUCUAUUCAAGGGGAGCCCAGCAGCAAUGUUUUGUUUAUUUAAAUUUUAUGCACAAAAUACUGUAUAUGUUUUGCAGGACAAUUUCUUUUAAUUCUUUUUGACUGUUUGUCCCCCAGAACAUUUUAGACAUUAACAAUAACAGUUGCAAUGCACAAUGUGGCCCCAUGACCAUCAGUGGCUGCUGUUAGAUUGAAUUUAGAAUGAAUUUCAGUUUCGUUAAGGAAUAGUUUGUCCAAAAAUGAAACUUUGCAGAAAAUGUACUCACCCUCAGGCCAUCCAAGAUGUAGAUACGUUUUCAUCAGAACAGAUUUAGAAAUGGAGCAUUACAUCACUUGCUCAUCAAUGGAUCCUCUGCAGUGAAUGGGUGCCGUCAGAAUGAAAGUUUUUCACAGGUUUUCACUUCACAAGAUGUUACAGUAAAUGAUGGAUUGGAGUUGUGUGGAUUAUUGUGAUGUUUUUAAUCAGCUGCUUGGACUCUCAUUCUGACGGCACCCAUUCACUGCAGAUGAUCCAUUGAUGACCAAGUGAUUUAAUGCUACAUUUCUCUCUCUCUACAUUUCAAAUGUCUGAAGCAAAGGUUUGAUGAACUUUGGCACAUUUGAUGAGUUCUUCCAGAAAAAAAAAGAAGAGCUGCUGAUAUGAAACGGUGUCCAAAGUUGUAAUUCUGUCAAAUAUUUGUAACUUUUCAUAGCAUGGUGCUCCCCCUAGAAAUGCAGUCUUUUGCAGGUUUUAGUGACAACCAAAGAACUGCCAUCUGGAUUGAAUCUUGUUAAUCACAUUCUCUUUGAUGAAUCUGUUUUGUUGUAUUUCAGUUAAAUAUAGUGAGCAGACAACUUGAAUGACUUUAGAUGUAGAUUUUAAUCGAAUAUGCAUUAUUUUUUGACCCAGAGAUGAUUGCUAAAUCCCUGACCAGCACAACAUCAGAGAAAUUAUGGGGACCAAGUGGACCUCAUGUUAUUAAUAAUAUUGUUUUAAUAUAAUUUGUUGGUGUUUAGCAUUAUGAAUGUAAGCAUUUUUUAUGUUGAAAUGAUGGCAAUUGUAUAGGACAUUUAUUUAUUGGUGAUCACUGAGAUUAGGUGAUUGUAAUGGUGCUUAUGACGAUUAUCACUUCACCUCUGCUGCUCAGUGCAAUACACAAUAAGGUGAAUUCAGUCUGUAUUGUAUGUUGAUCAUAGUUUGUUUCUUAUGCCAUUGGUGUGGCAUAAUUGAUAACUGUUAUAUAUCUCGUCUUUCUCACGUUUCUUUCUUUCAGUGUUAAAGGAGAAGUGCUCAUUUCCACAGCAUUAGUGACAGUGAACAGAACUGCAAAACCUCUGAAUGGCAACUAUUAUAAUUGUCAUUAUUUUUAAUUGUGCAAUUCUGUUUAGUGGCACAGACAUUAUACAGUUCACUUUUAACUUCAUAAAUGUAGGUCAGGUUUUCAGUCAGUAUUAUGCCUGUACACUCUUGUCCAGAAAGAAUUCAACCAUAGGGAAUGCCAGGAAGACAUGGAAGAAAAAGGGCUGAUUUUCAGGUGUCGGGCAAUGAUAUUACAGGGCACUCAUACUGACUCAACACUCAUCAGUUGUAAACAGAAAUAACCUUUUCAUGUCUGGACGUCUAUCUUUCCUUACAUCAGAACCACAGCAUGUCUUCAGGAGCAAACGGCUUCUGAUCCAGAGACUCUUCUGUACUGACAUGUUUUAUGUGGACUGACAUCAUGUUACUAAAGGUACCUGAGGUGGUCAUAAUGUCUUUGGUUAUUAGCCAUUUUAUUGUUUCUUACAUUUUGCAAUAACAGUACAUUUAGUAACACUUCCAUUUAGAAUUUUGGAGUCAGAUUUGUAAAUGUUUUUGAAAGAAGUCUGCAUUAAUUUAUUUAUAAAGCUGCAUUUAUUUUAUCAGAAAUGCAGUCAUAUUGUGAAAAUAUUCUUGCAAGUUAAAACAACUGAUGUCUAUUUUAAUAUACUUUCAAAUGUAAUUUAUUCCUCUGAUAUUAAAGCUGAAUUUCCAGCAUCAUUUCUCUAGUGUCACAUGAUCCUUCAGAAAUCAUUCUAAUAUGCUGAUUUG